GAACACAAUGACAUCUCUGAGGCUUGUCUUCUUUCAUCUGACAUGUUUGAUCUUAGGGAUAAUGGCUCACAUGACAGAUCUGUCCAUAACAGUUCGUCAAGAAAGACGGUUUGUAUCAGCCAACAGUGGAGACCAUGUCUGUCUGCGAUGUUUCUAUGAAGGUGAUGGCUCAGCAUGGUUUUACUGGUACAAACAACCGCUGGGACAGAAACCACAGCUAAUCUCUACCUUCUACAGGUUAGAUAAAAAUGGAACUUUUUAUAAUGAAUUCAAGAAUAAUCCACGCUUCACACUGAAUACAGGGGAUGGCACAAAUCACCUUACAAUUUUUGAUUUGAGCAUUUCAGACUCAGCCACUUACUACUGCGCAAGUGCCUAUACAUUUGUCUUUAGUUUUACUGAGGGCACAACCGUCAGUGUGAAGGGUUCAGGUUUGAACGUCCCAGCUUCGGUCCAUCAGUCACCAUCUGAGAUCAUCAAGCCAGGAGGCUCUGUGACUCUGAACUGUACAGUACACACUGGGACCUGUGAUGGAGAACACAGUGUUUACUGGUUCAAACACUCUCAGGAAUCUCAUCCAGGACUCAUUUACACCCAUGGAGGCGGGAAUGAUCAGUGUGAGACGAAAGACAACACACAAACACACACUUGUGUCUACAACUUGCCAAUGAAGAGCCUGAAUCUUUCUCACGUUGGGACCUACUACUGUGCUGUUGCCACAUGUGGACAAAUCGUGUUUGGAGACGGGACUAAGCUGGACUUUGAAGACAAUGGUGACUCUCCUGUCUUGGUGUAUUUCUUGAGUGGAGCUUUGACAUUCACCACCAUCCUGGUAGUUUUACUGGCUCUCUCAGUGUUCAAGAUGAAGAAGGGAAACACUUAUCAGUCAACUGAGUCUCAAGCAAGAUUAUCUGCUCCCCCGGCAAGUGAUGAGGGUUGCAGAGAAGACCUCCAUUAUGCGGCUUUAAAUCUCAACCUGCCCAACAGAUCAAGAAGACAAAGGAACCACACCAACAGUGAAUGUGUGUACUCCAGUGUGAAGCAUUAAAAUGUUUAAUCUUUCAUUUCUCCUUUUUCAAUAAAGUUUGAUAUGUUGUCUUUAAAGUGGUCUGUAGUCAAAACAUGCAGUCCAGUAUUACUAUAUUAUGUCUGCUCUGAAUGGUAUCUUGCACCUCAUGAUUUGUGUCCAGUGCCAACAUUCAGUAUCAAUACAAGAAGUGUGCCUUUUUGUGGGAGCUGAGGUUGUGUGUGGCCAAUUUUGAAAAAAAAAAAAAAAAACAGAAACCAAGGCUACUUCUUUGUCACAUGUGGAGAAAGUUCGCAGACUUGCUUAAAAAAUCUUAAAAUUUUGAGAGUUGUCGAGUUAGGAGAGGAUGCAUUUUAUCAACGCUUUCUACAACAAAUUCUUAAUUAUUUGCCCCCUCUUGUAAAGUCUGUAAACGUUAUUUCUUAUUUCUUAUUUCAAUGUACUUUUUUAUUGACAUAGUGUGUACAGUAAUGCAGAGAAGUGAGAUCUGAAGUCAUGUCAGGCAUGAAAAAGGCUCUUCCUGGGUUGUCUUUGUGGGUUCAUCCUGUUGCAGAGCCGGCAUUGCUCGCCCUUCAUUACAAGACUGUACCCUUUUCAGUUCAUCCUGUUCAGUCAUAAUAGCAAACCUUUACAUAGAUAUGACACAGUAUUGCCUCACUUAUAUGUUUUCAAUUAAACUUUGGGAGGGUGGGAAACUUUUGAAGGGUGAGUAUAUUUUUUCUCAUACAAGUGCUGUAUCUCUUUUUUUUUUAAGUAUCCAUUUAAAAGUUAUAUUAGGACCCCAUGUUGGGUCAAAAUCCAAACAUCCCAUUAAACAAUGUAAACUCAUGUGUACCCUGUGACUAUAUGUUUUUGGAGCUACCUUCGAA